AACCCGGUACAACCAGAGUGGACAACUCACACAAACUACAAUGCAUGAUAACACGGGAGUCAGACUGUAUAGACAACCUAACUUUAUUACAGAGAACAACAAUGGGGAUGUCGUGGUGUCUGACUUCAUAGCCGUCGUGGUGACAGAGCGUGGAGGAAGACAUCGUUUCACCUACACAGGACAUCCAUCAGGAUCCACACCAUAUCCACGUGGAAUCUGUACUGACGCCCUCUCACACAUCCUUGUGUGUGAUGGUAGAACCCACACCGUACAGAUGAUAGACAAGGACGGUCAGUUCCUUUCAUAUCUACUGAUAAGACCAUCAGGGAUAUUCCGACCACGCGGGCUGAGUUAUGAUAUCAACACCCACCGUAUUUGGGUCGGAUCACUGGACAACAACACGGUGGUUAUAUAUAGGUAUAUCACCAGACAGGACGCUCUGACAGAUCUGAAUCACGCCACAAAGACAGAAAAACUACAGCAAGGAAACCAGUGUCUGCUGAAACUGAUGUCUCCCCCCGAGAUACUUCACUCGCUCACACUGACCGGUGUAAAUAGCUGUUAUCACGUUUCCUUAGUGACAUUAGAUGGAAUCUGGGUCAGCGAUCAUAAAAGCAAUCUCAUCUUCAGAGACACAACAUCUGUCUCUACACAUCGUGUGUGGGAUUUAUGUAGGGAUGUAUAUGGAUUACACACAGUAAAGAAUAAGAGUGAACUAAUUUAUAUUGAUAGAAAUUAUAACAUCAACAAACUGUCAAGGGAUAUGAAAACAAGAACCACCAUUUUAGAGAGAACAGACUCUACAUGGGAACCGCGGUGUGUGUACUGGUCCCGAAUAACUGGGGAUCUACUGGUCGGGAUGUAUAGAGAGAUAACAGAGUGUACAGGGAAAGGCAAGGUAACCCGGUACGACCAGAUUGGUCAACUGAUUCAAACCGUACAGCACGACAAUACCGGGCUGGAACUGUAUAGUGGACCUCUCUAUGUAACAGAGAACAACAAUGAAGAUAUCGUGGUGUCUGACUUUACAGCUGUAGUGGUGACAGAGCGUGGAGGAAGACAUCGUUUCACCUAUACAGGGCACCCAUCAGGAUCAGAACUACAGCCACAUGGAAUUUGUACCGACGCGCUUUCACACAUCCUGCUGUGUGAUGAUACAACUAAAACCGUACAAAUCAUAGACAGGGACGGACAGUUUCUGUCAUAUCUACUGACAGAAUCAGAAGAGAUUAUUGAACCAUGUGGCAUUAAUUAUGAUGUUGACACACACCGUCUCUGGGUCGGAUCAGGGAACAACAACACGGUGGUUAUAUACAGGUAUAUCACCAGACAGGACGCUCUGACA